AUCAGAAUCUCACCUUCGUAGACCUACAAAAAACCAAAAACUUUCUGAUUAUUGGCUUUCCUGGCAUUCAAAUUCGGUUUUGUAAUACUUUUUACAACGAGGCAUCGGCCGUGCUUUCAUCUUUCGUUUGCCAACAAAAGGAUACUCGUAGUUCCUCGCUUUUUCAGUGCUAUUAUUUUGGUGAUAUUUUAUUUUUCGCUUGAAAAUGGAGAAGAAUCCCAAAGGUGGCAAAACUAUGGCUCGCGGCGAACAGGCCCCUUCCGGCAUUGUCAAUCUUUCGCCGGAGGAAACCCGGCUACUAUCCGGCUCCCUAUUGCCGCCGCCUCCUGCUCCGCUCACAGAGGAGGCACUCCAGCAACUGGAUGAACCCGGCCAGCACAUGAUCUCCCUGAAGCCCAAGUUUUUACCCAAUCUAAAGAGCCUGAUGUUCCCCAAAAUGGUUUACGAGCAGGACAUGCGUCUGGUGAUCACGCCCCUGUUGACCUAUGGCCAUGAUCCGGUGGCCGCCUUGAGGCUGCGCGGAGCACGCUGUCCCAGCUUCGAGCUGCCCCCCGAUAUUUUUCCUCGUGGCGCACCCAUUUGGAAGAUCACAUUCCUGCCGGAGGAGCUGCUCCCGAUGGGGUUCGAUGCCGGUGGGGUCUUUGGAACCGGUGUCCUGGCCCGUAAAUAUUAUCCCACGGAUUUGUUGAAUGCCGAGCACAGGGGACAAACGCCGCCCCUGUUUAUAGGACAACGCAGCUCGAGAUAUAUCCUACACAAGGGGAUUCAAGGGUCACAGGCCAAGGGCAAUGGCAAUGGCAAGGCCAGGGGGCAGAUCCAGUCCCCACCCAAACGUAUCCAACCGCUGACACCGGCACCGCCGCCUUCGCCGGCCUACAAGCGCAGCAUACUGAAGCCCAGUGCCGCCGUUACGGCUCAGAUGAAUCGCCUCCUUGUCCUCCACAAUGUCUCUGUGAUCGAGAUGGUCGUUAUGCCGGUCUACCGCAAGCCACCGUCCUGCUAUCCCAAUGCCGUUCCCGUGCAGAUGCAGUACAACAUGUAUGCCCCGGAUCUUAGUAAGGUUAUCUUUGAGAUGCAGGAAAUUAAUCUAAUCACCGUGGCCGUCAUCUCGACCGUCCAUCAGCCAAACGUACCCGAGGUGGCGCUGUCCACCAUGGGCAACGAGUUCUGUCCCAGAUUCGAGCUGCCCGCGGAUAUAUUUCCUGUGGACACCAACCGUUUUGGGCCACGUUUCCUGCCCCUGCGCUUCCUGCCCGAUUUCUGUGAUGCUGGGUGCGUCUUUCCGCCGGGCUCGCUGCCUGACUCUGUGUUCCAGGGUGCCAUACGUACACACGUUGACCUGGAGCAGCAUCACUACUCGAUAACGCCGCCUUUGUUUGUGGGUCAUCGCAAGCAGGAAGUUGACAAAAUCGACUUGGUGGCCAUGCAGCUGAAGAGGCUGGCUUUGAGGAAUAUGGCAGCCGCUAAGCAGUACAAUCCAAACACCAGGGUACCCCUCCCCGAGAGCACUAAGCGCUCCAAUGACUUUAAGAUGUCGGCGGCCGCUGGCAAGCCCAAGGGUUUCGUCCUCAUCGAAUCGAGCCAUGUGCCAAGGGGCGCCAUCCGGACGGAUUUCUUUGGGGCCUUCCUCAUGGGUUGCUUCUUUAAGAUAAUACCCAAGAUUGAGUGUAUAUUUGCGUCUUCGUCUGAGGAUGAUGAAGAUGAAGAAGAGCCGGAGUUUCUGGAAGUCCAGGAGGAGUUCCAGGAAGCCCAGGAGUAUCGGGAUGCUGCGCUGAAAAUGGAUAGACCUAAUCAGGCUGGAGAGACGAAAGUUGAGGAAGUGGAAAUUGAGGAAGCGGAAAUUGAAGAAGCGGAAAUUGAAGAAGCAGAAAUUGAGGAAGCGCAAGUUGAGGGAGUCGAUGCGGAGUUUGAGGUUUACAUAAUUGAGGAACUCGAUGAUGAAGACGAUGAGGAAGUUGAGAUAUUUAUAAUUAAGGAUGCGGAAUUUGAGAAAUCCUUAGCAGAGGAGGCGGUAUCUAAGGAAGCUGAAGCUGAGGAAGUGGUGGCUGAGGAAGCGUUUGCUGAGGCAACGGAAGCUGAGAACACGGAAACUGAAGAAGCGGUAGCUGAGGAAUCGGAAGCCGAGGUCGAAGUCCAGGAUAAUUCCAAAGAUUACGAAACCGAAGAGUACGUAGCCGAAGAGUACGACGCGUCCGAGGGAGGUUACGAGGCAGAAGGGAUCGAGUAUGUGGAUUACGAGGAAGAUGACAGUGAGACCGAUGCGUACGCGGCUAAUCCUGAUGAGUGCGAGACGGAGGAGUACGACCCUGAGCAGACUAAGGGCUCUUCGCCCCAGAUCGAGUCCCAUCAGCAAGUACACUCCCUCAUCACACAGGCCAAGGCUAGAAAAUCCAAUCUGAAUGGUAAUUCCAAGAGAACUGGAUGCCCCGGUUGCACCAAGAUCUACAGCUACUUCACCGUCGACAGCAAUCUGGAUGAUAUUGCCGAGGCUGCCGGUGACCUGGCCACUGCCCGCUUCGAGGUCAUAGUCCAUCCCUCGGAUUUGCCGGGGAUAAAUGUGGAACGUGCCGUGGAGCAGUUCCGCCAGGUCCUGGAGUGCCGCAACGAGAUUCGUGCCAAAAUGACGGGUAAGCUAAAUGAGCACGCUGCCAAGAUGGAGUCGGUCAACAAGCUGAUUCUGGCUUCACCAGCCCCGGCCGAGAUGACCAAGUGCGUGGCUCGAAAGCCCUGUUCGCACUGUGGCAAACACCAUUAAAAGAAAUCAAAUAUAUCGAUGAUUAUAGAUUUUUGUUAUACGUAUGUAAAAUAAAUAUUACUUUUUAAAUGGUUUCUCGAUUUUAUUCUGGGGCUUUUCUUGGCUCACUCCUGACUUUGUAUACAUACAUAUAGAUUUAGCUUUGCGUUUUGGGGGCGAAGUUAACUAUAGUGUGUGUGUGUUCUAGACUGUGCUUUAAUCGGAAAUUGUUAAUUGUUUAUCGUCUCGCUUUGAGUGUUUUGUGUGGAGUAUUUAUUAGUUAUUUAGUCUAGGAGGCCGAACCAAAACGUAUAGAUUUGUAUAACUAGCAAAAAAAAAAAAGGAAAUCGAAUGGGAAAAUAUCUCUAAAUAUAUAUAUAUCGAUUUUGGUGUAUUUACAAUCCCUAAUAUUAAAAUAUUCAUUAAAUAUAUUAUUUCUCGUGUCUUUUCUCUUUUUUGAAAGGAAACUCAUACUAUAAAAACUCGUUUAAACCAAAUAAUUGCUCUAGAAUUCGAUGGAAACACCAAUUUACGACAACCUUUUUCUUUUAAUUUUUUUUAGUUUCGCUGAAUUUUUUGCUUUAAUUACAAAUAAAUUUCACAACUUCAAAAACCUUAAAUUUACAGAUGUAUUUAAUUGCUAGGACGUUCUCUUGUGUAAUCCCCUGGAAAUCCAAAAAGAGAGCUCUUUAGAUCUGGGAAUCACUUCCGGGUGUAAGCAAGGAGGGUGCCAAGUUUGAGGGGGGGAAAACGUAAGACAACAAAAUUCACCUAGCUCUUCUUCGCCUCCUUCCUUGUCUCGACUUAUUACAUAACGUCUAUAAUAUGUUUAAUAAUAUAAUAUAAAGUGUGUGUUAUGCAAACUAAUUUCUACGCAAUUCACAAUUCGCUUUUCGUUUAUUUGUGUAAUUUCUUUUUUUGUUUUUUUAACGUUGCAUUAACUUUAGUUAUAUUUUAUAUAUAUAUAUUAACUAUAUAAAAUUUCUUUUUAUUCAUUUUUUACAUGCACAAUCUCAUGAGGCCAAAAACGUAGACAAUUUUGAUAAUAUUUCAUGUGUCGGUAGUGUGUUUUUUUGUGUUUGUUGUUGGUU